CUUUGACAGAACACGUUGUGGCCAGAUACAGUCUGUACACCACCUUCGGUCACUGAGCUCGCUAGGGACUACCUGUUAAUCAGCUUCGACGAUACACAGCAUGGAGAGUGUCUACACAGACAAAGGGAUCCCACCCAUUGGUCCAUAUUCUCAAGCCAUCAAAGCAAAUGGCUUCGUCUUCGUUUCCGGUCAAAUGCCUGCAACCUUUGAGGAUGGCAAGAUCAGAUUGACAGAAGGUACCGUUGCCGACAAGACUCACGCUCUAUGUCGCAAUGCCGGUAUCGUCCUUGAAGCGGCUGGAUCGAGUCUGGACAAGGUUGUCAAGGUCACUGUGUUUUUUGCCAAUCUGGAUGAUUUCGCGGAGAUGAAUAAGGUCUAUGAAGGCUACUUUCCUCAGAAACCGGCAAGAAGUGCUAUCGAGGCAAAGAGAUUGCCAGCAGGUGUUUCGAUGGAGAUGGAGUUGAUGGCACUGCAAUAAUACCUGAAGCUAGAGAGACUGGACUGUAAUAUUCUAUUCCACUCAACCCAAUUCACCCAUCAAGGAUUACCGAAUUCCUCUCGUGGGUUAGCAAACGUCUUUUCCCCCAGGAGCGGACCACGGCCGUCACCCAAAGGAUUUGGUCAAGCACUAAGUCGCCGGAUCUCCUUGUUGGGAACGACUCUCGCGUCCGGUGGUUCGACGCAUA